ACCCGGACGUUCGAGGGAGACGCGUCUGUCUUCUGUGGCACGUACGCGUCGUAUCGGUACGCACGUUGUUCGCCGUCGUGGUCGUAACGUAACAAUCACGCUCGAUCGUAAAUAACUCGCCGACCGGGGAGGUCAACGUUCGACCGUGCCGAUUAUUAUUCGCGGGUAGAUAGACUCGACAGUGCGCGAAAAAAUCUGGAGACGCGCGCUGACCGCAUCGCACGAGGCUCGAAACGAAGAGUGAGAGGAAGGAAGAGAGGGAGAGUGAGAGGACACACGAGCACACCGUGGAAAAGAGGGUGGGAACGGCGAAGAAAAAGCUCUCUCUAUCUCGACUGCCUCGCCGGCUUUCCACGGCCACGAAUCGAUACCACGCGACCGUCGCCGCCGUCGGUCGUUCCUCUCUCUCGACCUCUUCUCGUCGUUCGCUACUCGUGCCUACCAACCACGCUCGCGUCGAUUUUUCCUCUCUCUUGACGCGCUCGCCGACUCGUGGUUGUCUCCUCACGGUCGCCGCCAUUCCGCAUCGACUGCACGAAACUUUUUUCACGGGGUAUCGCGUGUCGUCGUGACUUCGAAUUUUGGCGGUCGAGUUUCGCGCGAUUGAUGAUCGACGUUCGAUAAUCGCCGCCACGCGAGAAUGGCGCGACCGUAGUGGCGCGAACGUCGAACCCGCCAAAAUAACCACUGGCUGCUGCUGACGGACGACGCAGCCCGUUCCCUCGUCGAGGAUAGAGGACGUGAAAAGGUGAUACUGGUGUUAUCAGUGCGAGGCAGUGACAAUAACGGUUGUCCUCGACCGCGUACAGUGCUUUUUAUUUGUUCACGGAGGAGAAUCGACUCGGCCGGAAGCCCCGUGGUGCGUUACUCUGUGUGGCACGUGACGAUCGACGUUUGUUUGUUUUGGUGCUUACCGCCCACGGUGUUCGACCUGUUUCGGAGCAGUUAAUCGAAUCAUCGAGGACAUCUUGCGAAAUCGCUGACAACUUUCGUCCAGUGACCAGCAGGAUUUUCGCAACUGGAUCGUUGAAAAAUGUAGUUGCGGCUUUCGGGGCACGAGGGACACGAACGCGCAGAUCCACGCUGUGCGAAUCGCUGCAUCGCCAGACAGAGGGGCUGUGAUGAGGGAAGCCGGUUAAAGGACCCUGUGUCGCGCAGGCGCCGGUAGGAGUACAGGAAAGAUGCUGCCUUCCUCGAGAGCUUUAUUAAGCCCGCUGCUGCUUCUAAUCAUCGCUGGAAGCACCGGUGCCUUCGGCUCCCGACAAGGAGAAUGCACGUUUCCACCGAAAUGGGAGGGUACCUGGUUUCAAAGCGGAGUCACGCACCCUAUCGUCAUCUCCAAGAACGAGCUGUCCGGCAAGGGCAGGUGUCUGCACAACGAGGGCGACAAGUUCCUUCUAGUGAACCAAAAAUCCUGCUACCGUUGCGUCGUCAUUCACGAGAAGCACUCGAACGUUCUCCAGUACAAAGAAACUUACUGUAACAGUAGAAGCUCUCUCGCAUCCCUGUGCUCGUCCAUCACAGGAGAUGCCUUGCUCUAUUCGAUGUUCAGAGAGGAGGCGACACCUGUGCCGUGUCCCUUUCGAGGCCCCAUGACCUUCUCCUACAACCGAGGUCACGGAACCUGUUCGGUACCCGUCAGCAACGUCGACACCUGCACCGAUGACAGCAGAUUGCUCUUCAGAUACCAGGCGUGUCCGGACAUACCUGCCUCCGAAAGCGCAGUCGAAGAGUUGGAGUGCCUGGCCACCUGGAAGGAGGGCAGUAGCCGCUACCUGGUCGGCCGUUUACAUCAUGGACACGCGUCGAGUAACGAAGAUCGAUACCGAUGCUUCGUCUACGAGAAGGCUGGCCAAACAGUGCAGGGUAAUCUGCACAGAGCUGCCAUGGGCAUGGGAGCCGUGGAUCAUGAUGUCGGUUUACAGAGCGGACCUGUGCCCGAGGGUGCGGCCGAGAUAUACCGGGUGGCGCAGAGCGGAGACGCCACGUGCAACGGCCUGUUCAGCCCUAUGGAGGGAUCUCGGACCAUGACUCUCAUGAAAGUCUCGCCACCCGGCCAGUGUCGAUUUCCCAAUUGGUUGACCGGCCAUUCCAGCGGCGGCGGACUGACCUGGCACACCCUCGACCUGACCAGGUCUUACACGUUCCAUCCGCGGAACGCUUCCCUGCACGUGACCAGAUCCAACACCAGUUCCUCGAGAUUCGACAACGGUGGCCCGCUGGACGGCCAAUACGUCCCUGGCCAAGAGGAUCAGGACGUGAAAAUCCUGUGCAACAGCGUGAACCAAUCGAACUCCGCGCAAACGAUGACGAUGACCAUGCUGGUGGCGCAUUACACCGUCGGAUGUCGGAGCGGUUUUAUGUGCAUGACGUUCUACCGAAGGGACGGCCACGUGGUGGAGGUGCAGACCGGAAGCGCCGUUUCGAGGCCGGAAGAAGCUUGCAGCACGCCCCACUUUCAGCAGCACAACAUACCCUUCCUCACCUUAGUCACCAGUUCUCCAGAGCUACGCACGUGCCCGUACUUGGGAAAAUUUACCGUAACGGGGGUGAACCGGAACCAGCGGAACAUCCGCGAUAGCCGGAGGAACCAGCACCAGGAGGCCGUCAGACGGGACCGUGAAAAGGUUCGUCACGCUCAGGAACGAACGCAGGAGGAUCGCCGUGGCCGGAAGCUCGACUUCGAAGCGGAGAAACGUCGGGCGAACAACGAGUACCUCGUCCACGAGCGAAUGGGUCGACGAGCCAGAUCGAGCCGCAACAACAGAGGCCACAGGGAUCACAGCCUGGAGGAAGCGUCCUCGAAGAGAUCCCUGGACAUCGAAGACCUCCUUCGAGACCGUUCGUGGUCCAAGGUCAGAAGGCCGGAGGAAACACGGUCCAACGAAGGUUCAUCGAGGUCGAACGUCAGAAGAACCCACGACCUCGAGAAACGGUCGACGACCGUCGAGCAGAGAGACAGGUCGAGAAGAAUGCCGAAAAUGGAGGACUUCCGGGUGGACGCUGACGAUUUCGCGCGGAUCAGACAAUUCUGGACGCCCGACUUCGACGACUCCGACGGCUCGAGCAUCCUCGAGGUCCAGGAGGACUAUUUCGGCGACUAUCCGGACAGCUCGGACCUGCCAAAGAAGAGGUCGGGCAGGAACUAUCGGAGAAUGAUGUACAACGACCUGUCGAGGACGAGGAGGGACGUCGAGGAGCUCGACUCCGGGGACGACUCUUCCGAAAGAAGAGAAAAGAGGGAGGAGGAUAUUUCUAGAUGCAGCUCGGAGGUCACGACCAUCACCAUCGGCUGCUCCAACUUGGAAAAAAUGGAGUUUCAGACGGACUGCGUCGACGACAGCGCGAUCGCUUACUCCUGCCACGGUAGAUGGUUCGACGCCGAGGGCACCCAAUUCGUGAUCGCCACCCAACUGGCGCCCGGGACAACGUGGACCGGCGAAAGCAACAGACCCCAGCCCUACAGGAACAGCCGAAGAUUGUGCUUCAUGUACAAAGAGAGCGGCGGAGUUGUCAGUUUAACUGCCAGCGAGGUGGCUUGCCAAAGAGGAAUACCCCCGCCCCCGCCUAUGUUGGCCUUCAAUGCUACCAGUACCGGUCAAUGCAUGGAGGAGAACGGUGGCAUCGUCGCACGGUCGACGUACCUGAUGAUCGUCACCCUGACGGCGAUCGUCGCGAUAUACAGGUGAUUUUAAUCGAACGGACGACGAUCUCGCGACCGUUAAAUCGACGUUUGGUAAUCUACGUUAUCGGACACACCGUGUGAGUGACGAAGACCCGAAGGGUGGUACAUGUGUAUACAAAAAUAUAUAAAUAUAUAAAUAUAUAUAUAUGUAAUAUUAUUAUAUAUAUAAAUAUAUAUAUAUAUAUAUUAUACGUACUCGCCUUCGUCGCGAAAUCACCAGAAGAUCGGUCGAACGUCCGGGGCGAACGACAGGAAGCGAAGACAGGAAGAGGAAGAAAAAAGAAAGGAACAAUCGAUUCUCUGGCUUGGAACGCUCGCGUCCGUGGCUCCUGUUAGCCUCUCCGAUACGUCGGGAGAGAUUCGUGCUCGCACGAUCGUCGGAAUGUCUCGCAAAACGAGGGUGAAACGGCGGAAAAGAGAGAAACCGAUAAGUAAACGGGGAAACGGCGUAAAAUCGUGUCUCGAGUGGAGGGCAGAAGGGGAGGGUGGACGUUUCGUUACAGGCAAGAGGGGCACCCCCUGAUUCGAUUCGAUGACUGAGAACGAAACGUACAGGUCGACUGUAAUAAAGGGACGAGAGGCAAAACGCUGAUUUCUUUCGUGUAAGAGGGAUUCACCUCGUUCAGGAAGAAAAUCAGACGAGGGGUGGAAGACGGUUCGCAAAGGAGAACCGGAUCCGAUCGAGCCGGACGUUUUCCAUGGCGAAGAGAAAAGGAGGACACGCUCGUCGAGCGGAGAGUUUGUUCCUUCGUCGACGGGGAAGGGGAGACAGGGAAGUCUGUUUGUUCCUGAAACAGGGGAGGUCGUGGAGUCGGGAGCACGAAUUCCCCCCUGGCCAGUAGGUUUUUUACCGAUUGUAGCUCGUAGGCACUAGCUAAUUAAAUGGUCGGGCAAAGCCGACGAACGGAUGCAACUGCGCGAGUUCUCAUGGUCACGACCAUAUCGCGAGAGCGCGAUUCGCGGCGCACGAUUGAUCGGAUUCGCGCUGACGGAUCGAUUCUGCCGCAUCCCCGCCACCCCCAAACCCCAUCCCCUGGAACAUAACGGACGAACGAAACCAACAUCUCGUUUUAUAGCCAGUAAGACGGUCGACCGACGACGGUCGUUAUCUUUUAAGAUAGAAACUACAUAGAGAAUAGCUUUAAUAAGAAGCGAGGGGGUGGGCUGUUUACUCGGCAAACAUUUUUCACGCCGGAUGCUCCUUUGUUUCCACGACCUCAUCGAGCGCACCGUGAACGAGCGUGCCGUGUAUUUUGUAAGUUAUAAUUAUAUUGCUAUUUCAGAGCGAGAGAGUGAGAGAGUGACGCUCGAAACAUCGAGAACCGCAUUUGUCGAUGCGCCCUCGGCCUUUUCCACCCUGUAGAUUAGAGUCUAUGGUCUUUGUGUCCCUUAUUUCACUUGUCACGGAUGCAAGAGUAAAAGGUACCUUCUCUCGCGUGAAGUUUCUUUUGUUUUAUGAAACAGAAAUUAUAUCUAGGUUAAUUUCUUAUUAAUUUGGAAAACGAAAAUAAAGUUGACGCGAUAGAGGGUUCCGAUUGCACGCACCGUUAACUGCAUACACCUGAAAUAGAGGGUCCCGCCACAGGUCGCUACUUCCCAUCGAGUCUACUAACAUUCAAAAGUUUAAUCCUACGAAACAAGGAUGGUUCCGCAUUCGCUUCGACAACAGAUUUUUCUGUCCAUUCAGCGAGAUUCAGUUACCGCGUCAGAUAUUAACGAGCGUAUUAAAAGUUGAUCGCGCUAUAGCUGUUACGCAAUGGGCACAAAGGACUAUCAGCCGCGUUGUAGCUGAACGGUUCGCUGUGGCCAUUAUAUAAUAGCUGUAAUAGCCUCUGGCCGUAUUAAUAACCGAGCGAGGAUACCGUUGGAAAAAAAUACACGUUUCAAAGCUUCCGAUUACCUGCAUUAUUUUUCUAUCGCGUGAUAAAAUAAAAAAGGCCGCGUCGUUCUCGAGUCCACGAUGUUUCGAGAGCUGGAUGAACGAUCGAUGCCCGCGGAUUUAUUAAAAAUACACGAAAAUCCUUUGCCGAGUAAAACGUUCGUUCCUGCGAGGAGAGUGAUCGUGAUGGGUGAGAGAUUGAAUCGACACCGACGGGUGUGUGUAUAGCGGAAGUGUGUCAAAGUAUUUAAGGAGGUAAUUCUCAACGCAAUACAAUCUACCGUGUAGUAGGAUUAUUUGGCGCGUCGGGGAAUCGAGAGAUGAGAGGCACGAGGAAAGAAUCAAAGCCUAACGUUCCCACGUUUCCCAAUUUGUACCAAAAUAAAGAUGCACUCUGAACGCUUGCGAGUUGGAAAAUUAAACUAAACGAGGUAAUUAUAACUUCUCGAGCAUAAACACACAUUUCUUUGUAAGAAUACCUAUCGAUAGCACAUCGUGAAAGAUUUAAAAGUGUCAUAGCUCUUUCGUCUAAAUUUACAAUGCCGUUGAACUUUUGUCUGCCCUCUAUUUUCGAGUUUAUCUCUGACAGUAUUUAGAGUACACGCAGUUAAAUAUGAACGAUGCCCGGAACGCCAACAUGGAUAAUAUUUCUGGCAUGUCAAGGCGACGGGUGUUUCAACGAUUCGAUUAAUUAAUUCAGGAAACGGGUACUAAUGAAGGCCGUCGCUGAAUCCAUUUGCCGACACUUUAGGAACGCCGAUAUUCUUGGAGCAACCUGUUAUGCAUCCAGUUCAUAAUUUUCUAUGAAUAGUACAGUUAACGAUGGAACAAUACAACAUUUUGGUACAUUGGCUAAUUUUUGGAAAUACAAAGACUGGAGUAAUUUCGGAAGCGGUGAAACACAUUCGAGAAGGUAGUAUUCUUGCAAGGCUAUGCGAUUUGCUAUGGUAUUCGAGAAGUUUGUGAUAAAGCAUCUUUGCUUGCAUAAAUUUAAUUUUCAAAUUAACGUCCUCCUAAUUUUUAGCAAAUUUUUCUGGGGUCUUUGCCUAUCAGGUGCAUCCAAAUUGAUGCAACCAUCGAAGCACAAACCCUCGAACCUGCGCGGAAGGGAGCGAGGGAACGUUCGAAGGUGGAAACAAUCGGUGGCAGGAUGUGUAAAGUGUAAAAUUGUAACUGUGAUGGGCUGUCCGUGCCGUUGUGUCGUGUCACGUCGGACUUUCCUCGACCCUUCGGUGCACUGCGGCCCGGAAUCUCGAUGGAACACGGCUCUGAUUCUUCCUCGGCCAUGAUCUUGGUUGUUUCUCGUUUUGAAGCGUCGACGGGUCUCGGAGAGAAAUUCCCGCGAGGGCGAUUAUUCAAGGUUUAUCCGCGUGGAUCGCAGAGGAGGGGAUGAAUCGAAGAUCGAAACGCGCGAGACAAAUCGGCCACUUGUUCAGACUCCUAUCAGACCAAGAGAGAACGGGGGUUGUGGGAAUAUUUUAUUAAAGAGCCGAAAAAAGAGGAGGGAAGCUGGCCACGGCGGCGUCGCAGGUCGAAUCAAAAUGUAAUUCCUUGCAACGAGUGUGGCAAGAAGCGGCAUGGCGUACGAUUUACGAUUCACCCUGCGCUGAAAAUGUUACACAGAGUGUGGCGCUUGGACGGGUCGCUGGGACAAUUCGGUUAUUUUUGACGGUGGACAAGAACGAUUGAAACGAUUCUUGGUUUCGAGAGGAGCGCAAGCUGAUGCAAUUAGUUUUUUUUUGUAGAUGAAGGUGCGAAAGAAACACGAAGUUUAUACGAAGUCGCGGACAUAAAAAUUAACGAUAUCGUACUUCGUCUCCUUUGAAACCACCAUUUUGUUUCCCAUCAGAAGUGACCCAGUCGUUUGGGUGGUUUUUGCUUCGAACGUCUCAGGUUGUACAUGGUCGAUAAUUGGCGGCGCCCGCCGCGCGUGUUCGAAAGUAAACCUUUGAAUCGCGAAGGAAUUACUUUCUCGGGACCUCGGGGCGCGCACGUUAACAUAAGCAAUAAGCAAUAAACUCACGCAAUGGCUCAACCGUGUGCACGAAAAACGUUGCGUUUCAAGAGAGGAUCUGUACCGAAGGAGAUCGCGAACGUUGGACCCAGAGAUGUUCUACUUGGAGAUGGGCGAAAUUUAAUUCGAGCAAUGGAUUAAUAAAACCACCGUAUAAGUACUCACAAUUAUUGCCACGAUAUAUAGCUUCAUUUUAUAAUUCAAGCUUCGUAGUUUCAUCGAACGAAUUCAGAGGUUGUUCACGUUUCAUUUGUUACUUGGCAUUUUCAACUAGAUGAGAAUUUCGCCCACCUCUGAUUCUAUUGUAUAUUGGUUCGUCCGAUCGGAUUGUUCGCGACCAGCGAGUGCGGCGAAGGGAGAAAAGGAAACGAAGGGACAAGCGGACACGGACCGAUCGAUCGCGAGGGUAGGAUGCUACGAUAUUAUUGUAACUAAUACAGAGUCUAUAUUAUAUUAUUAUAUUAUUGUACAAGCAUCUUUGUAAUAAUUAACCCGUACCGAGUGACGAGAGAACACGCGAAGGGGGAGGACGAGCAACGGUGGCACGAUAGAGGAGUACGCAACGGAAGACGAUGAGAGAAACGUAAAAAGAAACAAAACAACACACACAAAAUACAUGUGAAGAGAAGUAUAUAUAUAUAUAUAUACAGAGAGAAUGAAACGUAAAAGCCAAUCGCUAUUUUACCAUUUUUGCAAUCGCGGUAAACGUAGUUUUUACGCCGUUACGCUUUCCUUGAUGUUCGUUUUACGACGCGGGCGGGGGUGGGCCUUUGAUCCUCGAGAAUGUCUCUGGCCGCUGAUACGAAUAUCCUAAAUCGAUCCCUGCUUUUGACCGUGAUUGCGUUCUCGGCUCCUCCUACGAAAAGAAUUCUUAACAAACUCGGCGUCUUUCUCGGGAUCCGAGAAAGCAGGUUCGAUCUAACUUGUGCGGCGAGUCAAGGAAUUUGGAAAAUAUCUUCGAUUUAUUUGCCGCUAUACCCAGUUUACUCGAGCGAAAUUUCAUUGCAAUCGCUUGAACGGCUCGAGAGAAAACGGGUCCUGAACGUCAGCAAUUUUCCUAUAGAUUAUAUCUCAAACUUCGAAGACCUUCGUGAUCUUCGAGGUUCCAGCUAUGACCGUCAAAGUGUCGAGAACCUUUCGAUACCCGAAACCAAGGAAUUGGACUCUUAAAGAAUUCCCUUUUAAAAAUGAGCUGUACGCAGCAGAGAAAACCGAAGUGUGUUCGGCUACGACGUGCUUUUUCUUCGUCGUCGAGAAAAUCUCAAAGCGCGGAAAGAGAAAAAUCUCUCCGCGCGGGAUGCGGAAAAAUGCGACGGAUCAAAGGCUCCCCUCGAAGGCGUUCAUUUAAUCGAGCGAAUGACGCUCCUUUUCAGAGCUCUCGGUAGAGAAGGACCGAUCGACUUUCGUUAGGCUUCCCGACGAGUAACGUCGACGAGCUACUUCGCCCGUUUUGGUCCUACCGCGCGACGAGAAAUCGCGGAUCGACGAGCCACGAUGAAGCAUUUUUCAUUCGCGUUUUGUUUCCCCUUUUCAGUUAAUUUUCUCAGCUCCGGGACGAGUAAGGACACUUAGCGGUUAGGACUUUUAACGAUUAGCACCUUAGAUGCCGUACUGUACCUAAGGGAAUGCAGCGUAUUUAGCGUAACCUUAAUGCGACACUUAGCGGUUAAGGAUUCACUAGCUUCGUAGCGGUAAUAAGCUCAUUGUGACAGCAAUCAGAUGCCCCGCGGUCCAAUCGCGAACCAACCCCCCUCCAAUGACCAUUUUCUUUCAUCGCAGGGCCUUAGGUCCUUGCUUGUCGAGAAAAUAAUUUCAUAUAUGAGAGUCAUAAUUUGACAAAUAUAUAUUUUAAUUUAUGCUUCCACCCUUGCUGUGGAUUUAAAAAAAAAAACAAUGAUCACGUAUAAAUAAGAAAUACGGAAGAAGAAAAUGUCGGAUUUAGAAUUCUUUUGGGGGAGGUUUAUUCCAGUCUUAUUAAACAAACAGAGCGCAAGAUACGAAAUCUUAAGAGUAAGGUGGUGGAAUUAAAAUUUACUCUCGAUACGUGAAAUUACAGGUCUCGUGGGUGAAAUUACUUUCUUUCAUCGCUCAUCUUUUUACCCGCCAUGCUUUUCGCGAGCCUCGAAACUCGGUUUCUUAUGGAGCGUGCGUGGAGGAUACUUCGUCUGCGAAUCGAAGGGGAGAGAAGCGAGAUUAGACCAGGGAACCAUGUGGUUUCCAUUUUUCUCGAUCCGACAAAGCACCAGUUUCCAAAUUCCGCGUUUAAAUAAUCCCGAACACCGGACCUCCCGAGUUUCUGCUUCUGUUCGGACAGAUAUACGCAUAUUUGAACUACGGCUAUCAUACCGAAAGUCAAACAUUACCUUCCGUGUCCAAAUAUCGGGACGGCGGUAGACUCGAGUCAAAGAACCAUCGGGAUUCGUUCGAAAUUCGCGAAGUUAUGGCAUCGUCGCGGAUUACCGAUUUAACGGCCAGGUUUCGCAGGUCCAGCCCUCGCGAUUUUGGAUAAUCUGUAUUCCCGAUUCGAACGUAAAGUUUCAUUCUAUCUUUCCCUGUGAAAGGAAUUUCGAAUAGUCCUGUUCGACGUGUCCUUUCGCGUUGCCUUUAGAAAUAGCGACGAAACUAAAACUUUUUCUUUCGAGUGUCCCUACUUAGGCAACUUUCGUCCAUUUUCCAUAAAAAUAAGUUCGGUGUCCCAAGAAUUUCAUACAGAGCACGAUUCGACAUGAAUUGGUUGCCUCGGGCUAGGUUCUUAAGCGUGAGAAUUUUUCUCGUUACCUCGUGCCCCAAAGCGCACCACUAUACAUCACAAUACAAUUUCCUAGCUACACAAAUUUCAAGCCGAUAAACCCGCGCGUAAAAUUUGCCCAACCUCAACUUACGUUUCCUCUAAAAGAAAAAUAGUGGCAGAAAAAUAGCGUCGCGCGUUAAGGGUUGGAAUCGUAAUGAACUUGUCGUCGAUCCCCGUUACGAAGGAACAAUCGCGCGGGACGUGUAUCGAUGAUCGAAAAGGGGGUGGAAAGAGUAUAUCCAGCCCCGAGCAGCGCCGGUCGUCUCGACGCUGGUAUUCUGUUAUUUUCGAUUUGCCUGGCACAAACAACGCCGAGGGAUUUGAUAAUUAUCAGAGCAUCUCCAAACAUCGUUACUGACCGACUGCCUACGCUCGUGCCAGUCGGCCUCUCGUCAAACAUUAUGCGCACCGCUUAAUGAGAUUGAUGCAAUCGGCCUACGCAUUUAAUCCAGUUAAUUUACAUUGGGUCCUAAUAUCGCACGCGAAUAUUCUGCUAAUGCAGUCGGUAAUGAGAAACAGAAAAUUGCUUGCACAACCACCCCCCCCCCCCCCCCGGCCCCCCCCCCUCGCUGUCCCGUCCCGUUCUCGCCAACCUCCAACGCGGUCCAAUUUCAACUUGACGCGUUUUCGGUUUAUUCGGAAUCAUUGCGCCCCCAAUUGGGAUUUUCAUCAGGCGUCGGGAAUUAAUUUAACUUCCCAACAACGAGGAAACGCCGAUCGAUGGGGAACAAAUCGCUGAAAUUGCCUCUGAUCAAUUAUUUUUUCCUGAAUCGUUACACGCAUCAAAUUGCAUUCAUAUCGGACCAACCUGUGGGACGAUCAUCUCGCCAAACCAGGACCGACGACGAUCUCCGGGGCGACUCGGAGUGAAUAUAAUUCGCCCUUGUAGCUUGCGAGUUGAGAUUAGAAGUUUAAUUGUUAAGAUAACUGGCACACCAGUCUCGCUUUCGAUAUCAAGAAUAGAUCGUCUUCGGGUGACCGACUCGAGGGUUCUACGCGACUAAAAAUUUAAUCGAAGAAACGAGGUUGGAUCGUGGGACGAGGGUGUGUCGCGAAACUACUAAAGAUGAGCCAGAGAUCGCGGGAACCCAGCGGAAAUGCGGCGAAGGAGAGCUGGACGCGUUUACGCGACCUGGAUGGCGGUUAACGAUUUUAUGGAAACCCGUCUAAUGGGUUUAUCGGAUUACUUCCGCGUCGGUACGGGUGCUCCGCCGCGGUUUAUUAUUCCCACACUGUGGAUUACGCGCUCAUUCUUGAAUCUUCCUCGCCGCCGCGCCCCGCAAAGCCAGAUCCUUCAGGAGCGUGGACGCGUUCGCAGACAUUUGCCAGCGGCCAGAAUCGUCCGAAAUUUCCACGAAACUUGAACCCCUCUCCCCCGUCCCAUAAUACGAGAACCUAAUUGCGCGAUACUUAAUCCGAAACGUCCUUUUACGAGGAACAUAAAAUUUCCCGCGAUUCUCGUGGCAAUUCCGUUUACUGCGAACUCGACCGCCUCUAGUUCUCGCUAAAGGAGCGUGUACACGACGGACAAAGACAAAACCAAGCUUGAGAUUUUAUUUCGGCGCGAGGAUUAAAUUCGUGAGAUCAGGACUUUGCGGAAAUGUUUGUAGACAACCGAGAUAUGGCCAUCGAGGUCGUGGGAUGCUUUCAGUCUCGCGGUUUCCUCGUAGACUGGUAACGUCGAACAAUGGAGCGCAGGAAUAGACUUAACGUCUCUAUGUAUAGAGCACUACCCAAAUGCUCUUUUACUCGAAAAGGUGUGAGAAUUAAUUUCUUUACCCCCGUAGGUGUACACGUCCCUUUAACGAGGAUUUGACUUUCUGAUUCCGCGAAGGAGCGUCUCUUUGAAGAAGAGAUUGAUUCUGGUCGCGACCCUCCGCGAGGUCAAUAGCCGAGGCAACCCAUAAUGGUUCGGGAUGACGCAUUCAGGAUGAUUUGAAACCGUCGGUGAAAGAUUAGAAAGGCACCGCGCCAUAUGGGGACCGUGGGUCCACCCUGUUCUUCCGAACGUCUCUCUGCGUACGCUCCACCGAGUCGGGGACGUUUUCAAUCAAGGGACAAUCAUCCCUCGACGAGCAAUCGAACCUUUUUAUCGAAUCAUCGCGGCCCCGGCGUAUCCCUCCUUCGGGCGAGAUGUCAGCGGCCGAUCAUCGAACAACGACGAGAAUACUUUUUUCGCGGCGGGGGUACAUUUCGGAGCAAUACGAGAGCGAGUGAGCGUGUGCGCGUGUGCUCGAGGGUGCGACAGACAAGACAGAGCGAAUGGAUGUGGAUGAUAAGGAGAUAGAGAGAAUCACAACGGGACGUUGUCCUGGGAGAUAUUUAAAUGGAAAUACCUGGACGAAGGAGGCAAUAUUUUAUACUGACAAAGCAUACAAAACUCUCGAACACUUUGUUAUUUUAAUUUUCAAUAAAUGAUUAUUAUCAGUGUUAUAACGUUCUCGGUGUGCAAUCAAUCCUUUAACCCCUUGACGACGACGAAGAUUCGGACGAACCUCUCGAAAGAGUCGACCGAGAUGUCCUGCCUACUGCUUCGAAAAUUCGUAUUCUCUCCAUUCUUCGAAGAAGUUUCGGCCGAACGUAACCUACCCUUAAUCGGAUCGUUAUUGUUACGACUGCGCACAUAUUAAGAUGUAUAUAGGACACACUAUCACCAGGUGGAAUAAAUAUAGCGGCCAUACACGUGCAAAUGGGAAUAGAGUACGUUACCCAAGGUUACAAGCGUGAUUAUGGAGAGCACAAUAUACGGUAAUUGAUUAAUUUUUAAUUGUAUUAUGUCAAGCUACUCAAGCAGAGAGCUCGGUGUGCACUAUGACAUAAAAUUGAUGCUCGCGAGUUGAAACCUACAUUUUGAGAACGCAGGUAGCGAGUUACAAGCAGUAUUAUUAAACGUAAUUCAAGUAAUAAUAAAUUAUUAUUUUAAAUAGUAAUUCCUGUACACGCUAUCUGCGUUUUUAACAUACAGAAUGUUUAUACGAGUAAUGUUUGAUACCUGUUUACUAAAAAAAAAAACUCAUGCGCUAGGUAAGCGAGGUUGUAUGUCGACUCAUCGUUGCACUCACACAUCUGUAUCAUUGUUGUACGUAUUCCAACUGGUGAUUUCGCAUACGUGGCUACUUCCAACGGAUUAUACUUUUUUAUUAUCAGAGCAACGUAUGCGUGAAUUUUGAGCUAUGGGGCGACAGGACCGCGGGGCAACGGCGAGGACAAGAUUCCAUUUCGAUUUAGGGGAUCGAUCUCUACUCGAUCGACGAACGGGGAACAGCGGGUGCACGAUCUUCGCGUACUCGUUUCAAUUUUUACUGGAAAUGCCUGUAUUAUGCUAAUCGUGGGCUUCGAUGACCAGAUAACUCUCGAGGGAUACCGAAGAAAAUUACAACAUUGAUCGUACACGUCACAGAUGCAUAAAAUUGAAAGCCUAGUGACUCACGGAUAGAUUCUUUGGAGCAGGUCACGGCUAGCUCGAUGAAAGAGACGUUUCGCCUUAUUUAGUUGGAUGAGCGAUCGAGGACGCUCCCGGCGGCGAUUUCGUGGCCGCGGCACAACGAACGAUUUUCCCACUGGUAGCGUAAAAAUAGCAUCCACCCCGAGAAAAAUAUACGUCGCUGGAACAGUUAAUAGAAUGUCGAUUCUCGAGCUGACACGUGUCGGGCGCGAUCGGGGAUAAAAGCUGCCAGAACGCACGACGAACGUGGCCGAUAAAAUGACAGCGCUCGAGCGUUUGUAUGACGAGGAUCUCUCUUGUUAUACAGGGCGGGGUGUGACUCCUGCCAGCGGCCAAUGAAGACACGAUUUCCCUUUGUAAAGCUAGUCGAAAUCGCGAAAUAACAUUUUGCGAGACGGAUGAAUACGAAGGUCCCAUCUUGGUUCUAUUUUAUUUGAAGAAGAUAUCGGCGACAACGGUAUUUCUAUAGAUAUAUAUCAAUUGGAACGUUUGUGGUGCAUGGACACAUUUUAAAGAAAAUGACACCCUUUCGUAAAAUAUAUGGAAAAUUUUACUUGAAUUUAUCUCUAUACGUUUCUUUCGUUGAAAGGACCCUAUAGAUUCGAUUUGAAAAAUUUUUGUCACGCUCAUCGCACUACAAAUUCCAAUGUCUCGCUAUCAGAUACGUGACACAAAUCAGACAUCGAUAUUAAUUAUCACUUAUAACGGAUCAAUAGCGAAAGAUUUCACAAAUAUACACACCCGAUUAUCUCGUCAUUUACGUAAUUAGUUUAUUAGGUCGAACGGUAUUGCGAUGUACUUGCGAAAUUGUUGAAGUCUUGUACGUGUGUGUUGUCGGUUGCAAUUCGAUUAUCAGCGAAAUUGAUCGUCGACCAGUAUCGGUAGCUUGAGAAGUCUUUAAAGCCGGCAGUUAGCUUGAGAAAGGACGGGUUGAUAUAUGACGAAACGAGUAAACAAUUUUCUAAUUGAACUCGAACAAUUUUAAUCUCAGCUGCUUAACAAACAAGGACGUUGGCUAACACGUUUUUAUUCCAGAAACUCCACGUGACGAUUAUGUCUCAAGGUUUACUCAAUUGAACAACUACUCACGUUAGCUUUUAUUCGAUUUUAUCGGUCUGUCUAUAUUAGAACAUUUUUAUUUUACUAUUGGAAAUUUUUCAAAUUCGCCCACAUAUAUUCCUGUUUCUCUUUAUCAAGUUCUUUAUCACAUACUUCGUCUAAAUGUCUAGACUCGGUAAAGUGCGAUACACAAGUGUUAUUCGAAAUCAUAGUUCGAUCGUCAACUUCAGAUUAUAAUUGGUAUCUCGCAAGACUAAAGCUGUUUAUCUUUCAUCUGGGACUCGAAUGAAUAUUUUUUAUUUCGAGGAGACUUUUGCGCGUCGCUGCGCAUCUUGUUUGCACUACCCAUCGCUUACGUCGCGUGCACGGUACACCAAUGACGCAAACGCUCGAUCAUUAGCCGGUUCGGGGUUUAAUCGCGUCGAACGAUUCAAUUUGACGAGCCGAGCGUACACGGAUCGGCUCGGCCCAUCGGAACACGCGUUUCGAUUCCCUCGAUUACGACUUUUCGACGCACUGUGCGUUACGAAUUGCGCAAUCACGUCGGACUCAACAGAGCGCGGCGGCGCUCUCGUAAUCGAGCACGAUUAAAGAUCGACACGCGAUCGCCUCUACGCUUGAUAAUUUGCUGGGAAUCCGGUUUCGUGAUCGACGCUGAAGGCAGCCCGAAUUGAAGCUCGUGCACGCCAAUUGUUACCCUUUUCGGGCAAUUAUUAAGUUUACUUAGAACUUUUUUAACUCUUGACCUCUUUUACUAACGAGCCUUAAUUUCAGCGACACUAUGGACACUAUGAAUUCGAUGACAAAACGCUACGAGCUAAAUACUGGGUAUUUUAUUCGCUCGAGAAGCUCAUGAUUAGUAACAAGCUUGUUUCGUUGAUAAAUCACGACCGUGCCCCCGAUCGUCCCCGCCGCUGUUCAUCGAACAGAAGGAACAAGAGAUAAUUAAGCUAAACGAAGUAACCUAUAAGAGGGAAUAUUAAAGCAUGGGGAAAGGGAGUUAUUGUAGUCUCUGUCGAAUGAAUGACGAUAAAGCAAUACCGCGUGAACGGUGGCGUGCGUGCGGCGAGCGUAUGUGGAAGCGCGAAAUCGAAGGAAAAGCGAACGUCGAAGGAAGGAAUGUGGAAAUGCGAAUGAUUAAAGAGUGUGUAAGCUACCUGUGCCUUGUAACAAACUAUGUAUGUAUAUACGUAUUAUAUAUACGCAUGGUCACACGAGGAGGAGAUAAAAAAAAAAAGUACAUUGCAUACCACACACAAAACACGAUGUGUAAACACUAAACACGUAAACUCUCACGGUAAUACAUACUAUAUACAUAUACAUCUAUAAACAAUCGUUGCCGUCUCUUCUGGAACGCAGCAAGAAAACGAGAACCCCUUUCUCAAUGAAUUUUCGUUCAACGCGCGCACGAGAAUUCGACGCAGGACGAAGAGGACACGCGAGGAGCAAUGGGCGCGAAAAGGCGGUGACUCGAGAAACGAACAAAAGAAACGGUGAAAUAUGUUGUUGAAUUAAACGGAAAAGCAAACAAAAAAAAAAGAGGAAAAUAGCAAUAAUCGAAUCUCAGACUGAAUUAUUAAACGGUGGAAAAUAACAAAAAAAAACAAAUAAAAGGACAAAAAAAAAGAUAAGAAGAGGAAUGGGAUAAUACACCGCAAUCUUUGUUGUCGCGGCGGCGACGCGCGAGCGUGUUAAUUAUUAUAAAUACUGUUACAGUGUCUUGCUACAUUGGGGAGAUUAAAAUAAAAUCUCGAAGCUCGA